UGUCACACCAGCACCGGCAACUCACUCCUCACUCUUGAGUAAAAACAGCAAGUUAGCCUGAGCGGCGCACACACAGGACCUGUGUUUCCUGGAUUUUAAUUUUGUAUUAUUUUUCAGUGCAUUAUGGAAGAACGACAACAACUUUUUCUGGAGCGGUGGAAUACUAAAUUACCGAAGCUCUGAGGAGUUUCUGAAAAGUUCCAUGAGGAGUUUCUCUGAGGACCUCAGGUCUGAGGGUCCAUGUGGAGCCAAUGAAAAUGGCCUUGACUGACAGAGCUAAACUGCUCAGCGUCCUAGCAAUCCUGCUGCACGUAGCCUGGUGUCAGAAGAGCCUGGAAAAGGACAGCUCUCCUUUGAGGUUCACCCAUCACUUGUAUAAUGCCACCAUUAACGAAAACUCUGCCCCCAGGACCUACGUGGAGAGCCCCAUUCGAAUGGGCAUUGUAAUUUCUGAUCCUUUCUGGGACAUCAAGUACAGAGUUGUCGCUGGCGAUGAUGAUGGCCUUUUCAAAGCAGAGGAGGUAGCCGUGGGGGAUUUUAGCUUCCUGAGGAUAAAAACCGGCAGCGGUAACUCGCUCUCCCCUGUCAUGCUCAACCGAGAGGUUCGGGAUUCUUACACUCUGACAGUUGAAGCAACAGAGAGCACCUACGAAUACCAGGCCAGAACAAAGGUAUCGAUCCAAGUGCUUGAUACCAAUGACCUGAAACCGCUCUUCUACCCUGCCUCUUACAAUGUGGUAAUCAGGGAGGACACUCCAGUGAAAUCAAGUGUGGCGAGAGUGAGCGCAACGGACGCUGAUAUUGGCAGCAAUGCCGAGUUCUAUUACUCCUUUACCACCAGAUCACCUCCAUUUGCGGUUGAUCCUUUCACGGGCACGGUCACGCUUGUCAGAAAGCUGAACGCAACUCAGAGAGACAGGUAUGACCUCACCAUUUUGGCAGAGGACAGAACCAAGAAAAUCUCUGGAGUUCAGAAGUUUGGAAAUGUUGCCACGGUUGUUGUAAACGUUGAAAAGGUCACCGAAACUUUUACUCUCAUCGCACCCAACGUGGUAGAGGCUUCUCAAACGAACACAGAUAGAAUAAGCGUGAAUGUCAAGAUCGAGCCUCAGGCAAAGGCACGAGCGGCCUCUCUGAGUAUAGUUGCAGGGGAUGCAGAGAAGGGUUUUGAAAUUAUUCCAUCUGCUUUGCAGGGCAGUGACUUUCAAGUGGUCUCAACAAAAUGGAUUAAAUGGCCACAAAACCCAUUUGGAUUAAAUAUCUCCCUUCAAGCAAAAGACAGAAGUAACCCUCCAUUGCUAACACCAGUUGAGAACAUCCACAUUCCUGCUCCACAAUUUACAUCAUUGGCAUUUGAGCUGCAAGUCUAUCACGUCACCCUAAGUGAAUACUCUCCUCCAAAAACCCAUGUACUAAAAGUAACUGUACACCCUAGUUCAUCAAAUGUCACAUACCAUAUUAAAGAUAGUGCAGAUAGUCAUACAUUUAAAAUGAACACAAAAACAGGCAUUAUUGUCACUACUGGAAAUUUUGACUUUGAAAAGAAAUCACAUUAUGAGUUUGAUGUCCAGGCAAAUCAUGGCGAAGCUGAAGCUCAUGUUGUAGUGGACAUAACUGAUGAAAAUGACAAUGCUCCUAGAUUUAUCUCCUCCUCGUACCAGGCCACUCUUCCAGAAAAUGUUCCUAUAGGAACUAGCAUCCUAUCUGUCUCUGCUAUUGAUGUGGACAGGGGUAACAACGGCUUUGUGACCUAUGCCAUUGCAAACACAGUCCCAUUGCCCUUUGUUAUAGACCCACUGACUGGGGUCAUUUCUACCUCAGAAGAAUUUGAUUAUGAGUUAAUGAAGAGGUGGUACCAUCUAAGGAUCUGGGCUUCUGAUAGUGGCAGUCCUUUUAGCCGUGUGAGCGAAUGUGCUGUGACCAUCACUAUGGACAAUGUAAAUGACAAUGUUCCUCUUUUUGAGAGGGUUUCAUGCAAUGUUACCAUACCUCGAAACUUCACAGUUAAACAGAGCAUUGCAGAGAUGACUGCAGUUGACUUGGAUGAGAUGGAUCAAAUCCAUUACGGAAUCGAGUCUGGAAAUGAGGAUAAACUGUUUGCAAUUGACCCUAUCUCUGGAAUUAUCACACUAGCAGAGCCCAUCCCCAAAGAUAUUUCGGAGACAGAAAAUCCUCCAUUUACCCUAAAAAUAACAGCAACAGAUGGCAAAUAUAGCGCUGAUCCCACUACUGUCACUGUGUAUGUCACAGGCAACGGCAAGGAAGCCACCACACACUGCCAAGAAACCGGAGUGUUCCGGCAGCUGACUGAGAAGCUUAUUGAAUCAAUCAAGCCUGUGCUCUCUGCCCAAGAGGAAGAGUCCUUCUCUGAUGUCCAUAUAAUCAAUCGUCACUCUCCUAAGUUUGCUCUUGGCAUUCCGAGCUCCAUUGAUGUCAGGGAAGACUUUGCUCUAAAUACAUCUAUACUACAAUUUAAAGCCACUGAUAAUGACAGUGGCUUUAAUGGAAGGCUUGUUUAUGCGCUUUCAAGUGGGAAUGAGGAUGGAUGUUUCUCAGUUGAUAUGAACACAGGAGAAUUACAGAUUAUCUGCACAUUAGACAGAGAAACAAAAGAAUUCUAUAUCCUGAACAUAACAGCCUACGACUUGGGAUCUCCUCAGAUUUCCGCAUGGAAACUUCUUGCUGUCAAUAUCCUGGACAUAAAUGACAAUCCGCCAUUAUUUUCUCAACCAAGAUAUGUCUUAAACAUUCCUGAAAACACAGAGGUCGACACAAGUAUCUUCAAAGUACACGCACUGGAUCCUGACCUUGAUGACAAUGGAGAAAUCAGAUUUUCCUUGUUAACAUUUACUGACUUUUUCAAAGUGGACAAAAGCUCUGGGGAUGUGAGGGUGAUAGGGCCUUUGGACAGAGAGACCUUUCCCCGGUACGACUUAAAGAUUGAAGCCAGGGAUCAGGCGAAAGAAGACCCUCAGCUUAUCUCAAUGGCAGAGCUUGUGGUGGUCUUAGAAGAUAUCAAUGAUAAUCCUCCUAAAUUCGUACCCAAAUUCUACAGGAUUAAGGUGCCUGAAGAUGCGCCUCAAGGCACAGUGCUGUUGUGGGUUGAAAGCCAUGACUUAGAUUUAGGAAGUGGAGGCCUCAUAAGCUAUAAUCUAGAGUCUGGCACCUUUUCACUGGACACAGCCACAGGUUUACUCACUCUUGAGAAGGAACUGGACUUUGAAAGAAAGAGGUUUUAUAACCUAACUAUUCGCGCUGUGGACCAUGGCCACCCCAGGUCCUUGUCGUCCUCAUGUUUCGUAGAGGUUGAAGUGUUGGACGUCAAUGAAAAUUUGAAUAAGCCGGUUUUCAGAACAUUUGUGCAGAGCGCUCCAGUUAUGGAGGAUGCCAAAAUAGGCACUUCAGUCCUAACCCUGACAGCAGUGGAUAAAGAUCUAGGGAGAGACGGAGUUGUCAGAUACCAUAUUCAUGAUGGGACAGGACUUGGAGUCUUUGUUAUUGAUGAAGAAACAGGUUUGAUUCGGACAGCAGAUACUUUGGAUAGAGAGGUUGUACCGCACUACUGGUUGACAGUUUAUGCCACCGAUCUCGGAACUAUUCCCCUGAUGUCCUGGACCGAAGUGUACAUUGAGGUUCUGGAUAUCAACGACAAUCCUCCUGAGCCGUCCCAACCCGUCUACUUUGCAUCAGUCCAUGAAAAUGUGGCCAAGGACAAAUCUGUGUUAAAAGUUUCUGCAACAGACGUGGACAAGUCUUCCGAGGGGAAGCUGACCUUCCAGAUCCCAGAUUCUCAGCGUACAUAUUUUAAUAUCGACUCCAAGACAGGUGUGAUCAGCACUGUGACUGAGCUAGACCGGGAACAAAAACCAGAGCACAUUAUUGAGGUGAUUGUAUCUGAUAAUGGCGCUCCCCCUCUGCGCUCCACUGCCACGGUGGUCAUUAAGGUGCUGGACGAGAACGAUAACAGUCCUCAGUUUAUUCACAAGCUCCUCCAGGUCAAGCUGCCCGAGCGCCAGAGCACAGCCCUGCCCCAGCAGGUCUAUAGGAUGGUUGCUCGCGACGAUGAUGAAGGACCCAACGGAAUGAUCACCUACAGCCUAGAGAACAGCAUGGAGGGCCUGUUUGAUAUCGACCCUCUAACAGGGGUGGUGACCGCUAGGGGGGAGUUUCAGCGAGGCAACUACAGCAUUCUUACGAUAAAAGCCAUAGACCAUGGAAGUCCUGCCAGAAUGUCCAAGUCGCGUCUGGACGUGGAAUGGCUGCCGCAGCCAGAGCCAAGCUCUGAGCCACUGGCCUUCGAUGAGGCCCACUAUACCUUCGCAGUCAUGGAGACCGACCCAGUUGCAGACAUUGUUGGGCUCAUCAGCACAGAGAUCAUUCCCAGCACCCUCUGGUUCGACAUCAUAGGUGGCGAUGAGGACCAGGACUUUUACAUCGAGAAGAACUUGGGGAGUAUUGUGAUAGCCAGGCGUCUGGAUGCAGCCAAAAGAUCCAAUUACAACCUCACCAUCAGCGUCACAGAUGGCUCGCAGACCAUUACUACUCAGGCAUACAUCCGAGUCCUGGACAUGAAUGAGCAUCGACCCAUGUUUCUGAAGAGUCAGUAUGAAGUGAGAGUUCCAGAGGACACAGCUCCAUGGAAGGAGAUUCUGCAGAUCAGUGCCCAGGACGCAGAUGCCAACAGCAGACUGGUCUACGCCAUCCACAGUACCCUCCAUCCAGACAGCCUCAAGCAUUUCCAUCUGGACCCUAAGAGCGGCGUCCUUGUACUGACUGAGGAGCUGGACUAUGAGACCAUCUCCACACACACUCUUAUUGUGAUGGUUCGUGAUCAGGAGAUCCCAGUGAAGAAGAACUUUGUGAAAGCUGUGGUGCAUGUGGAGGACUGUAACGACUACACACCAACCUUUAUGAGCACUCAUUAUGAGGGAACCAUCAGCAACCUGGCUCCAGCUGGUACUGAAGUGCUUCAGGUCAAAGCUUUGGACAAGGAUACAGGCAGCAACUCUGAGAUUGUCUACUCCAUUCACGCAGAAGGGAAUGCAAACGGAGCUUUUGACAUUGAUCAAGAGACGGGAAGAAUCCAUGUGGCUAAGUCUUUGGAUAAACUCGCUCAGGAACAGUACCAUCUUACAGUAAAAGCCACUGACCAGGGCUUCCCCCAGCGCAGUGACUUCUGCCCAGUCAACAUUCGUGUAAAGCUGUCAGAGCGCACAGCACCCAGGUUCAGCCAGAAUGAGUACUUCACUGAAAUAAGCGAGGCCAGUCCUCCAGGCUCUCCAGUGUUCUCUGUUUCAGCUGGCUGUCCAUCUGCUGUGAAUUACAGGAUCAAAGAUGGAAACCCUAAUGGAACUUUCCACAUCAAUUUCAACUCUGGGCUGAUAUCUGUCCAAAAAGCCCUCAAUUUUGAAGAGUGCCUCUCUUACCGCCUGCAAAUAACAGCCAUGAAUACAGCUGGGGUCUCGUCAGAUGCUGUUGUUUAUGUGUAUGUCGUAGACGAAAAUGACAACGCCCCUGUGUUCCUUCAGGACAGCUACUAUGGUCAGAUCAGCGAAUCUGCACCUAUAAACAGCAUGGUAAUGGGAGAGAACAACACUCCACUGGUGAUCAAGGCCUCGGAUGCCGACAAGGACUCCAACGCUCUGCUAAUCUUUCAAAUCCAAGAGCCUGAGGCGAUGAAAAUGUUCAAAAUAGACCCGAGCAUGGGAACUAUCUCUCUUAUAUCUAUGCUUGACUUCGAGACAUCGCCUGAGUUCAUAUUUAGUGUUCAAGUGCGGGACUCUGGGGAACCCUUUUUGAGCUCUGCCAAACCUUGCAAAGUCACCAUUCGUGUGCUAGAUUUGAAUGAUUGUCCACCUAAAUUUACUCUACCUGUGUAUACAGCGUCCCUCACGUUGCCUGUUUUCAAAGACAUGAAAGUCAUCCAAGUCACAGCUUUGGAUGCAGAUUCACCAGUUUCAUACAGUAUUGCAGAGAGCAGUCUGAAAAAUGCAUUUAAAAUACAUGAAUCAAAUGGAGAAAUUUUGGUGAAUGAUGUACAUGAUUUCCAGACUUAUUAUGAAUUCAAAGUUGUAGCUUCAGACGGUUUAUACAAAGACACUGCUUUAGUGAAAGUUAAUAUUACAAAUGCCAAAAUGACAACCCUGAAGUUUGAAGAAAGGAUGCAUUUAGGCACCGUAUUGGAAAACACCACAUCUAUAAAAACCUUAACUGUACUCAGAGCCACUGGUAGCUACCUCAAUGAACCGCUGAUCUACACUGUUCUGAACUCAGGAGAUAUGUUUUCAGUGGUGCAGUCAUCAGGAGUAGUGCAGACCACUGGUGUUCCCUUUGACCGCGAGGAACAGGAUGAAUAUGAUGUGGCCGUGGAAGUCAGAGACAUGAGAAUUCCACCACGCAUAGCCAUCACUCAUGUCAAGGUCUACAUAGAUGAUAUCAAUGACAAUGCACCCAUCAUCUCAAACCUUCCCCAUACGCUGAUGAUAUCUGAGGAGACUGAACCAGGAGAUGUUCUCUUCCAAGUGCUGGCGACUGAUGAUGACACUGGUGAGAAUGGAUCUGUAAUAUUCACGCUGGAGGACGAUUUUACUCUCUUCAGGAUUGAUCCCUAUCUUGGGGAUGUGUCCCUUCAACGACCCCUAGACUUUGAGUCGCUGAAUAAGUAUGUGCUUAUCGUGAGAGCUUCAGAUGAGGGUGAGCCAAGUCUGGCAACUCUGGGAGAGCUAUACGUCCAAGUGCAGAACCGUUCACACCCUAUAUUUCAAAGUCUGUAUUACCCCUUGAAACUACCUGAAAACAUCACUCCCUUCACCACCAUCCUGCAUGUGCAAGCAAGGAACCCAGAGGGAUAUCGCCUUAUCUACAAUCUGGCAGAAGAAAAUGCCACAAAGUACUUUCACAUCGACUUUAAAACAGGAAUGCUGAGCGUCACUAACUCUCUAGACUACGAGACUCAAGCAAAGCACAUACUGACUGUUCGGGCCACUGAUUCUGUGACUGGCACUUUUACGGAGGCCAAAGUAGAGAUAGAUGUAGAAGACGUCAACGAUAAUGCUCCUGUGUUUGACAAUCUUACUUACACCGCAGAAGUGUUAGAAGGUCUUCCAUCAGGCACAUCUGUACUACAGGUAUCAGCCUUUGAUCUGGAUUCUGGGAGAAAUAAAGAUUUAACCUACGAAAUAGUCACAGACACAGGGAAGAAUGAAACUGAAUUUUUUAAGAUGGAUCCAUUAAGUGGGUUUGUAGUAACAUCUCAGAUCCUGGACUAUGAGGCUACAGAACAAUUCCAUCUGAAAAUCAGAGUCACAGAUAAUGGUAUACCAUCUCUGAGCAGUGAAGCCUACAUUAUUGUGAAUGUUACUGAUAUCAACGACAACCCUCCAAGUUUAAGCGAGUCCCACUAUCGAGCAUCUCUGGAUGAAAUGGCCACUUGCGGUCAUAUAGUCAUCAAAAUCCAGGCCUCAGAUCCAGAUAGCAAGGACAAUCUGCAGUACAAAAUUCUUUCUGGGAAUGAAGGGAGGUACUUUGCUAUCAAUGAAUCCUCAGGCCUUAUCUCAUUCUCCAAUGUCUGCAAGAGAAAUCUGGAUCCGUUUUACAACCUGACAGUGGCUGUUUCUGAUGGCGUGUUCCAGAAAACUGCUCCGGUAAACAUUGACAUGACCAGCAGCAAUAGGCAUAACCCUUAUUUUAACCAGGAUAUUUAUGAAGCCGAACUGGCAGAGAACGCAGAGCCUGGAACACGUGUAAUACGCCUAGCUGCGAUUGAUCCUGACGAUGGACCCUACGGAAGCGUAGACUACACCAUUAUCAACAAGCUUGCGGAUGAAAAAUUCUCCAUUGACAAUGAAGGACAAAUCGUGACAUCUCAGCCUCUGGACCGAGAAAACUCGUCACAGAGAGUGAUUGCCAUUAAAGUCAUGGCUAAGGAUGGUGGUGGGAGAGUAGCCUUUUGCACUGUGAAGAUCAUUCUUACAGAUGAGAAUGACAAUGCCCCUCAGUUCAUAGCUUCUCAAUACCACGUCUCGAUCCAGUCCACAAUCAAUAAAGGUUCACCAGUUAUUCAGAUAAUGGCUUACGAUGCUGAUGACGGCAAGAAUGCGGAUGUCACCUACGCAGUCGAUGAAGCUGAGGAAGUGACAGAGGAAGUCAUUGAGAUUAAUCCCUUUACUGGCGAGGUCAGUGUCAAAGAGAGCCUGGUCGGAAUGGAGAACAAGAUCUUUAAUUUUAAAGUCCAGGCUCGAGAUGGAGGCAUUCCAUAUCGUAAUUCCACAGUGCCCGUCCAGGUUAAAGUAGUCCCACCAGAGGUGCCCUUGCCGAGAUUUACUGAACCACUAUACACAUUCUCAGCCUCCGAGGACCUUCCUAUUGGCUAUGAGGUAGGCACAAUAAAAGCUGAUGCGGACAUGCCACUAAUAUACAGCUUAGUAGAUGGCAACACUGUGGAAAGCAACAGAGAACAAGUCUUUGCUGUUGAUAAAGAAAGUGGCACCCUCGUGGUACAAAAGAAUAUCGACUACGAGAAGACCAAGUGGUAUCAGAUCGACGUUCUUGCUCAAGGCAAUUACAACGGCACAGACGUAGCUUCUCUAGUGUCAGUUAGCAUCCAAGUUCAGGACGUGAAUGACAACGAACCCAUGUUUGAGGCAGACCCGUAUGAGGCCGUACUGGCAGAAAACAUGCCUUCUGGCACUACAGUCAUCCAAGUGACAGCUAAUGACCCAGACAAGGAUGCUAAUGGACAGGUGACAUACAGUCUGCUGUCAGAGAUGGAUGACGUGAGUGACAUCUUCACCAUUGACCCACAGACCGGCUGGAUCACCACGCUGAAGGAGACGGAUUGCGAACGCAAACAGUUGUACAGGUUCUAUGUAGUGGCUGCUGAUCAUGGGGGCAGCGCUGUGCUUUCUUCUUCGGCUCUUGUGGAAGUGACAGUCAGCGAUGAAAAUGACAACCCACCCCAGUUCACAGAGGAACUUUAUCAAGGGUCCAUCAUCGAGAACAACAGGCCUGAGGAGGCCAUAGUCACUCUGACAACUAUCGAUAAAGACAUGUCUUCAGACAACCGACAGGUCACAUGCUAUAUAACAGAUGGUGACCCACUGGGCCAGUUCUCGGUCAUCGCAGUAGGAGACGAAUGGAGAGUUACGGCCAGAGGUUCACUUGACAGGGAAGCCAAAGACAAACACAUCCUCAGAAUAAUUGCCACAGAUGGGAAAUUUCAAACAGCUGCCACAGUGGAGGUCCACGUUCUUGACAUCAAUGACAACAGUCCACUGUGUGAGCAGUUGCUGUACACUGAAGCAGUCAUGGAGAAUUCCCCAUCAGGACUGUUUAUUCUGAAGGUGUCUGCCUCUGACCCAGACAUUGGCACGAACGGGCAAGUCUCUUUCACCCUUCAUGGACCAAAUGCAGACAAGUUUCAUCUUGACCCCAAAACUGGGGAGCUUUUCACCCUCGCCGUAUUGGACCGGGAGAAAGAAACAGAAUAUGACCUGGUCGUAAAGGCGACUGACGGUGGUGGACGCUCCUGUCAGGCAGACAUCGUGCUAAUGGUCCAGGAUAUGAACGACAAUGCUCCACAGUUCUCAACCAACCACUAUGAGGUCACUGUGUUCGACAAUACCACAGUUAGAACACCCAUCGCCGUCAUCUAUGCCAAAGACCCAGAUACAGGCAUAAACUCAGAGGUGAGGUACUCUCUCCAGGGAGCCUACAGCGGCUUCUUCUCUCUGGACGAGAUUUCGGGCAUCCUGCGUCUGGAGCGUUCUCUGGCUGAUGAGGCUCAGUCCACCUUUGAGCUGCGAGUCAAAGCCACAGACAGGGGUCUUCCUCGCCACCACUCCUCAUUAGCCAUGGUCACAGUGAACGUCGUCGACCUGAGCGACUACCAGCCCGUGUUCCUGACCUCCGAGUACACAGCCCAGCUCCCAGAGUCCUCGCCAGUAGGGACAGAGGUGCUCAGCGUGUCCGCCCUCACCAGAGACGGCACUGGCAGUGAGCCUGUCCGAUACUCCAUCGUAGCUGGAAACGAGGACGGGAGGUUCAUGAUUCAUCCAGAGACAGGUGUGCUGUGGGUGAACGCUGCGCUGGACUUUGAGCUGUGCCGCGAGUAUUACCUGUCAGUGGAGGGAGCGAGAGGCAAGGCGUCACUGACUGACAUCGCCAUGGUUAUAAUCAACAUCACCGACAUCAACGACAACCCUCCGGUCUUUAGCCGUGGAGACUACAGCACCGAAAUCGCAGAGGAUCUCUCUGCAGGAGACACAGUGAUGCAGGUGACAGCUGUCGACCUUGAUGGGCCUCCAAACAACCUCAUCCACUACUCCAUCGUGAGUGGCGACCCACAGCAGCAGUUCAGCAUCGAUCCUCGCACUGGUCACAUCAAAGUGCGCUCUGCACUGGACAGGGAAGAGGUAACACACUACUCGCUAACCAUUCAGGCGGCCGACGAGGGACAUCCUCCUCUAUCCUCUGCCGUUCAGGUGACAGUGAUGGUGUCUGAUGUCAACGACAAUCCACCAGCCUUCUCCCAGACCACCCACAGCCUUGUUCUACAGGAAGGAGAGGCUGUGGGCAGCAGCAUUCUGCAGCUGCUGGUCAGCGACAGGGACACGCCGCAGAACGGGCCUCCUUUUUCAUACCACAUCGUAUCAGGAAAUGAGGGUAGACACUUUCAGGUGGACCAGGGGGGACUCCUGUCUCUCUCAUCAGCACUGGGGAAGAGAGGAAAGCUUCAGCAUGUGCUCAAAAUUCAGGUCACCGACAGUGGCCACCCCCCACUCUCCUCCAUCUGUGUGGUCAAAAUCAAUGUUACGGAGGAGAGCAAGUACCCUCCCACUGUGGCUCCCCUGGAGGUCUUCAUAACCAUCACUGAGGAGAGUUUGAGCAGGCGGGUAAUCGGCAAGCUCCACGCCUCUGACCAGGACCCACAGGACAUCCUGUCCUACAAGCUGGAGUCCCCGCAUGUAGGACUGUUCUCUGUGGACUCUGUAGAUGGGAAGAUCGUGGCGGAGAAGGCGCUGCAGGCUGGCUUCUACUCCCUCAAUGUGAGCGUGUCUGACGGCAAGUUCAGCGUGUGGGCCUGGGUCGGGGUGCACGUGUGGGCCGCCUCCCAGCAGGCCCUGGACCAGGGCUUCACCUUGAGAUUGGCUGGCCUGUCUGCUGAGGAGUUUGUGGCCGACCACUGGAGGAGCCUUCAGCGCAGCCUGGGCACUGAGCUCAACAUCCCCAGGCAAGAGCUGCACAUCGCCAGCCUGCAGCAGGAGCCUGACUCUGUAAACUUGGAGGUGCUUCUGGUCCGGCGGUCUCACGAAGGUUCGGUUCGACCCGUGGAUGCUCAGAGAUUGACUGGAGCACUGACUGAAGUGGAGAACACUCUGGGCCUGAGCGUGCUGAGGGUGAGGCACGGUGGCUGUGUGCGGUCCGGCUGCCACGAGCAAAGCUGCAGGAGCUCUGUGCUGAUGAGUGAGGAGAGAGUGAACCACUACAGCACGGCACGGGCCAGCUUCAUCACACCCCGCCACAGCUGGGAGAGCGUCUGCUCCUGUAACGAAUCGGCUGUGAGAUUUGAUGGGCACGGUUAUCUGAAGUAUCUUUAUCAGAUGGAGGAGGAAAAACAGAACUUCCACCUGUCUCUGCGAAUCAAGACAUCUAAUGCUGAAGGCACAGUGAUGACUGUCAACGCCUCAGACUGGGGAAUAUUACAGGUGUUUAACCGGGAGAUCCUCUUCCGUUAUGGCUGUGGAAACGUCCUCCCUGGAAGCCUGCACCUGAAAGACCACCCGGUAGCCGAUGACCGCUGGCACUACGUCUCUCUGGAGGUCAAUGGAACUACCCUCAGACUUACUGUUGAUGGCACCCAUACCAACUCUGUGAUCUUGCCGGAACCAUGCAGGCUGUCUCAGAGCCGCGGGGCCCUGCUGCUCGCCACCCCCAACACAGAAGCCCGUUCACCAGGUUUCAAAGGCUGUCUGGACAGUCUGGAGUUUAACGGCCAAUCAUUGAGGAAUAAGGAAAUCACCACAAGCCUGGGCUCGCAGAGGAACCGGCUGUUCGGCAUGUACAACUGCUGCAGAGAGGACGGAUGUGCUGAUAACCCUUGUGAGAACGGAGGGACAUGUACGCAAAACUUAAACGGAGAGUUGCAGUGCAGCUGCCCGCCCCACUUCUUUGGCUGGCGCUGCGAGCUGGACAACAACCCCUGCGUAUCUCAGCCGUGCGCCCCCGGCAGCCUGUGUGUGCCAAAACCGCAAGGCUACAUGUGCCACUGCCCUGAACAAAUGACUGGAAGCAGUUGUCACACCCCGAUCGAUGCCUGUUCUCCAAACCCCUGUCCCAGCGGAUUUGGUUGUAAAAUGGUUGAGCGCUCGAUCCACUGUGACCCACUGCCUCAGCUCUCGAGAGGAAUUGGAUAUAUAGAGAUCGCUGAGAUCUGUGCGGGGGUGAUGGCGCUGGUGUUUCUGGUCGCUGGUUUCGUGUUUGCCCGAAAGUGUUACAUCAGCUACAAGAAGCACAAGCCAAGCUGCGUGCAAGACUCCAACGGCUACUUCCCGACGGGUUUGACCAAGAGCAUGAUGCGUGAUGGAGGAGACUCCCCGCCCAUGGAGAUGAGCACCCUGAUCGGCUCAGGGAACGACCACAGCCCCUUCCGCUCCCUGAAGCCCCGCGAGCAAAGGGAGCUGGCUCAGGCCGGCUCACGGCCUCAGAAGGCUCAGGGCCCUGUGGUUUGCAGUGUGGCCCCGAACCUUCCCCCUCCACCCUCCACCAGCUCUGAUAAUGACUCCAUCAUGAAGCACAACUGGGAGCCAAGCUAUGAAGUUUACCCUGCUGAUCCAGACUAUUUUGGGCGUCCAGUUGUUCCAGCUGUGCAGGAGUUCCCUCAGUUCGACAUCGUAGAGAGCACCUACCCAACAAUGUCGUCCACAGACUCUCGGCGAAACUCUCGAUUUGGGGGCUUCCCGUUCCCUCUGGAGCGCAGUGACCGACGUGCACCGCUGCCCCCUUGCUACAGCAACCAGAACCUGGAUGACUUUCUGGGACCGGAUGGUCUGCCCCUGCCCAGCUCACAGUGUCCGAAUGAGUACACAGCCAUCAGCUACUACCCCACCCAGCAUGCACGCAGCAUGGACAACGUAUCCACGGGCUACAAGCGGCUCAGCGUUCGCCUGAGUGUGGCCCAGCCUUCGUACGCAGACUGCAGCACUUCCCGUCACACGUCGCCGUCCAGGCGCCCGCGCAGCCGCGCAGACUCGGACAUGAUGGAGAGUGACUAUGGCAGCUGUGAGGAGGUCAUGUUCUAGUGUAAUGUUGGAACUGCAGGUUUAAAACCUCUUUAAACUCCAGGAUUAUUAUUCAACUAUGGCUGUGUUCACCCAGGGCUGCUUUUCAAGGCCCUUUCCUACAGAGGGGCCUUGUCACAUUGAAAAAUUGAGAGAAGGACUUCAAAAUAUGCUUACAUUGAUGGAGAACUGCCCCUUGUACUCCUUAUAUUAUCUAUCGUUCCGUAGAAUCGAGUGUCCAUUCAAGUAGUCACCAUUCACCAUUUAGCCUAGUGGAGAGAGCUCAUCCGUUAAAGUGGUUACCGGUUUAGGCCAUUUUUGUCUGGUUCCUCAGUGUUAAAUGGUCUUUUCAGCAUUUCUAUUUUGUGAUUAAUGUGAUGGUGGUACAAAUCAUCCCAAAGCCACUUUACCCAAGCUAAUAGUGAUAAUAAUAAUGUGCUAAUAAAGCCCUGCCCAUAACUGCCAUGAAUAAACCAGCAACACUGGUAUAUACAUUUUGUAGUUGUAGUAGAAGAGUAAGGAUUAAAACCUGGACCCCUAGACAGGUCUCUGGGAUUUAAGGGGAUAAGGAGAAGAAGAAUGUGAGUCAUGAACUUCAGGGUUCUUCAUGGAACAGUAUUACUUUUGUAGUUUUGUCGGCACAGAGUCGCCCGCCUCAAACACGAUCCACCGUCCAUCACACAGAGAAGCAUAUGAAGAAAGGUGUUAACUAGUGUUCUUCUGCCCUGCUGUUUGAGAAGAUAACUCCUAAGCACAGCUGCACAGUUCCCAUUAUAAGUCGUCUUCAUGUGCUGAUUCGUAGUGUUUGUUGCAUGACUUUCUAAAGAAGUCUGAAAUGUGGUUAUAAGUGACAUCUUGCUGCAGUUUUAGGCUGCAGGUUUUUCUCCUGUGUGUUGUUUUUUAGUUUCCCUGAGAAGCAGCUGAACAGCACCAUAAUAAUAUGUGCAGAUUUUGAAGAUGUGGAACCAGAAUAACUGUUGUGGCACAUCUUGAAAAUAUGAAAUUGGAGGCACUGUGGGAAGCUAACUGAAGCUUGUUUUUCUUCAAGUCCCAUUUGUGCUUGCUGCAACAAGCAGAAGAGAAAAGUCUGAAUAGAUGCAAAAAGAGUGAAAGAAAAGGAAAGGUGUUUAAAUGAAUUUAAUCAGAACAUUUCAUGAUGACUGGACCAACAGAAAUGGUUAUGAAUAAGACUAAAGUUAAGAAUGUUUGGUUUACUAUUUUAUUUGCAAUUCCAACAGUGAUAAAUACCGCACACCAGCUAGGAGUAAUAUUCAGGUUCCAGCUGUGCCAGAUGCCGUCCAUAACAGGCUGCCCCUAUAUAAAAAGCUGGUUUAUUAGUAGACUAUUUAUUUGCUUGGUCAGGCAGUCAGUGUUCUCCUCCAAGUGUGUUGAAGCACUUUUAAGCACAAUCCUGUUUGGCUUGUUCAUUGAAACCAAGCCGUGUUCAGCUUCACGUAUGUCAAAGCAACUGUGUGUUAGUUUUUUUUUGGUGAUACAGUUGUGUAGAAAGAGAAGAAACCAGCCAAUGUUAAAUUGCAAGGUGAGUCCAUAUACUAGAAACAUAACAGAUGCAAGUUAUUUAGAUGAAUAAAUAGAAUAAAUAAGCCGAGGCUGGUCCUUUGCUGUUCCAAUAUAUUGUUGAAAUAUAGUAGAAAUAUAAAUAUAGUCUAUAUCGAAAAUAGAUUCAAAGUAUUGAGUCUUUCACUGACAGGUCUUGUUAAACAGAUAUAUUUUCACCAGCAUGUAAAGUAUUGGGGAUGCAGUGCAUUGUGAAUAGUAAUGAGUUAGAUGCAGUAUUUUUGGAAUGUGAACUCGUGCACUAAUGUUGUAAAUGUGUGAAAAGUCUGAUGAUCAAAGCCAAUUGAAUUUGAAUACAUUAAAGUGAUUAAAAAUAACAAAAUAUGGCAAACCAUUUUAACCUAAAAUACCACCAACAAUACAAGCUGUAGCUUGAUUGAUGCUCAAUCUCCAAAUUGUGAUAAUGCAAUUUUUAUUUUAUUCUUAAGAAUUUAACAUUGAUUAAAACUGUACAAUUUACUUGUAAAAAGUACAAUACAAUUGUUCUUUUUACUAAAGUUGUUACUUCAGAUAGUUAGACUAUAAUUUUGACUAUUUAUACUAUUUAUAAUUACAGUGGAAAUAUCUGGAACAACAUUUAAACAACAAAAUUAAUGAUGGAUAAGAGAGAGUUCGAUAUCAUGCAAAUCAAUAGUAACAUAUGUCAUUCUAAAUUACAUUGCCAUGAUGAGUCAAAAAGUCUUAUAUUAUUACUGUUGAUAACUGAAAUAAAUGCUUUUACUAGGGUAAAAUGGUUUGCCAUGAAAACAGUCAAACAAACAUGAUGCAAUCUUGCCAACUAAACAAUAAAAAAGGCAUUGUACAAAUAAAAAAGGUAAUAGAAUGUGUAUUAGCUUUUGUUCCCCUCCUCCAUACAUUAUUUUAAAAAUGAACUGUUUGUCAGUUUUGCUUAAACUACAUGUUUAUGGUCUUAUCCUUAGUAACGACUUGUUUACAGUUGAAAUGUGAUCCAUAGGGAGUUGCUCCACAGUUCAGAUGCUGGAUGGUCUUAUUACUGGCCUGUAGAGGUCAAAGUUCAUAGCUUAUAGCAUUGAGGUUGUAUAUAAUUAUUUUUAAAGCCAGAAAUACGAACACACACACGAAGCUACAUGCUCAGGGCUGAGCCAUUAAAACCAGUGCAUGUACUGCCCCCUCUCUUUUACUCGCCGAGUGCCAUGUCAUUGUGGUGGGUGGAGCUUAGUGUUUGGAGCAACACUCUCUAGGAAUCUUCUGGUGUUGUGUAUGGCAGCUGUUUGAAGUAUUUCCGGAGAUGACUGAUUCCACAGCUUCUCACAUCUCUGUCGUUACGGCCGGCCACACAAACUCUCGUUGUAUGUACAGUGAAUGCAGUGGUCCAGUGAGUUCAAGAGAGAAUGUACUUUUUUUGUUGUUGUUGUUGUUGUUUUAUUUUGUUUAUUUUUCUAUUUUUUACAUUCAAUGUGGGACAAAUCCCAUGUUUUAAAUCCCAUGUUCCUCUGUGAGAGAAUCCUUUCAAUUGUUUUGUUCUCAUCAUUGUUAAAUCUCAUGAAAAAAUAGUAUAUAAUAAAAAUAUGUGGUUAUUAAAUGUU